AUGGACGAAGGCAAGAAUGACCCCAAUUGUCCAAGAAUCCCAGUCACAAAGGAGGAGAAGGAGCGAUUACGGCGUCCAUGGCGGCGUUCCCUUAUUCUCAGAGUUCUUGGAAGAAAGGUUAGCUACUCUUACCUUUUGCAAAGAUUACAGAAAAUGUGGAUAUCUGAAGCCAAUUUCGACCUAAUUGCGUUGGAUCAAGAUUAUUUUGUGGCGAAAUUCGAGUCCCUUAGAGACUACGAAUUCGCAAAAUACGAAGGCCCGUGGAUCAUUCUGGGCCAUUAUCUCACCGUUCAGGAAUGGGAACCUAACUUCCACCCGUACAAGAACAAGUUAAGCAAACUACUGGUAUGGGCACGCCUCCCGGCUAUCCCAAUCGAAUAUUUUGAAGAAGGGUUUUUGAUGAAAAUUGGUAAACAGAUUGGGCGCCCGGUUAAGGUGGAUACAACAACGAGUUUAGUCUCUAUUGGGAAGUUUGCCAGGGUGUGCAUUGAAGUAGACCUCUCUAAACCACUGCUGUCGAAAUUCACACUUGAGGAUGAGGUUCUGCCAAUCGAAUAUGAGGGCAUUAACAUGGUUUGCUUUACUUGCGGGAUUUAUGGCCAUAAACAGGGGCAGUGCGGCAAUGAUCGGGCCGAGGAUUCGAUGAAUGAGGAUAACUCGAACAUGGACCUUGAGCAAAAUAGAGAUCACCAAGCUAACAGAGAAUGA